CAGCAUUUCUACUAGCGUUCUUUCGAAAAUUCAACAAUCUGGUCUGCACUGCCAGUCCAAUUCCGGAUGGGUAAGUAGAGGUUUUGCGUGAAUAAACAGAGAUGGCUUAGUAAGCGAAGCAACCAACCAACCGAGUCGCAUCCCCGGCCCAGGAAAAUCGAGCUACAAAAGGACCGCGGGGUCCUCUGUGCGGUGGUUUUCCGGCAUUUGCGUUGUGCCGCGGAGCUUCCGAGAAUUUGAGAAAGGCACUUCUUCGUCCCUGAUCAGUUCGGAAGUCGGACGAAGAUGCCCGAAUUAGGCGCGGGGUUGUGCUGCCCGCGGCCCUUCUUACAAUGGGUGGGGCUGUCGCUUCUGAUCUGUUGGAUGCAAGUGUGGCGCCGGCGGUCCACGCAACCAGAUUUGUUCCAGCACUCCUGCAGCAACGAGUUGAACAACGUGCGUCAGUCCGUGCGUGGAAAUAAACUCAUGCGAAACGCAGACGACCCCCCGAGAGGACAGGCCAUGGCCGGCGCGGUAGUUAGUGCAAAAAAAGCUUCUGCUAUCGCAAAAGACGAACAAACUACGUCUAGCGGACUAUCGACGUCAACAGAUCCUCAACACGCUGGCGCUGCCGUCGAGACGGGCACAGCAGGAAGACCUACACUCAGCGGCGGCACGGAUCAUGUCCCUGCGGGGACAGGCACAGGAACCGGCGAAGCUGCUGCUCCUUAUCGCAGGAAAGAAGUGUUACAGUUACACACCCUGAUGCAAGACCAGCAAGAAAGACAACCUGUGUCAUGCAGGAAAUGCUUUCCAGCCUCAUUUCGUGCGUGUCUUCCUUCAUAGCCUGCCACGCAUUACAAGUUUUCUUUGCUAGUAUGCAGAGCAACUUUGUGAUGCUGAAAUUGCACCAAAUGUGUAAGAACUGUUCACACUUUUUUCCUGUGAUACUGCUGCGUCCCCACCUAGUAGUAUUACCACCCCAUCCACGACCACUGGAGCAGUAGUAAACAUGGAAAAUAAUAAAGAUACCUCCCCGACGUCGAGCGACGUAAAGACGACAAAACCAGCAGCACUCCUCGGGCAGCUGAGGAAGGAGUUUGCGCAGUCAUUCUGCCACCCCGCGGAAACGCCCUCGUAUCCACGAUCCUGCUUCAAGCACGGGAAGAACUGCCCGCGGCGCAUAUUACAAUGAAAAAUGCCCCCACCCCUGAACUUGGGAGCAUUUGUAUUGCAAACCUUUCCAAAUGAAACACUCGCCCUCUUGCAUCUAUCAGCAUCACAGGUUUUCAAUCGUUAAGAGCAAAAAUUUGUAUUGCAAAAGACCCCAGCAAGAGCGGCGCUUGUCAUGCAAGCGAUGCGAUACACGCCUACAUUCUGCAUCAGAAAGAUUCAUACUCCUUUCAUGCAUGACAAAAAGUUUUCAUUUGGAAAUUUCGCAUCACAAAUUUUUGCAAUUUAGGGGUGGGGGGCACUUUUCACUGUAAUAGCGCAUGGACUCGACCUGUGCGAAGGCCCCCGAGGAUUUUACAGGGAUCCCGGCAUUUUUGGUCGAACACGAGCGGUUUUACUAUCAGAUUCUCAAACGUUUUUACAUUCUCAGCUGUUACAUGAUUUGUCAUGCAAAACUACCAUUAUCAUCUACACGGUCAAGCUGUUCUGCAUGACAAAUUCUGGGAGGGCCAAACAGGCUGAUGAUCUGUGCCAAAUCUGUCAUGCAAGACGCGCAAUGCCCCUCCUUUCACUUUUCCCAUUCUUGCAUCAGCACAAAUCCAUCUAACAGCUGAGAAUGGAACAGUUGAGAACGCCAUAUUUACCGGACGGCGCGGGGGAAGGUCACGUUCGACGCAUAUCAAGUGAAAAUCUGUCUGGGUCUGGAACAAAGCAACUUGUCAUGCUAAAUCUGAACCAUGUGAAAAUCUGUUUUGCAUGAUUACCAAAAGCUGUCCACUUUUGACCUACCUCCGAGACGCAGUUUCUCAUGCAGAAUUAUAGGCAUGGUAGCACAACUCUCGCAGAAUCUGUCAUGCUAUGUCCUACAUACCUGACCUCAUGGGUGAUGGAAUAAAACCAGCAUGACACUAAGUCUGGCCGCAUUCUUCCAGACCCAGAUGACAUUGUUGCAGUUGAUAACGCACACCGUUUGACGAAGUUUUACGGCCCGCACCUAUCGGAAGAGGAACGGGAAAAGAUGGCGAAGGAGUAUCGUAAGGAAAAAUCCCCCCUCCCCAUAUCAAAAUGGAAAUUUGUGAUGCUGAUUUGUGGUAACAAAUACCCUCUGUCUUGCCUCUAGGGGAAUGCGAACGAUGUGGCGCAUUCCACAGCCAGUCUGUCACGCGCUUUUGACUACUGCAAACCUGUAUCUCAUGCCUAAUUGCUAGCCUUCUGCAUAUCCAAACAGGCUUAGAAAAUGCCGCCAAGCACCUUCUGCAAGACAGAUCUGAUUUGUGUACGGAAAUCCAGCAUCAGAAACUUCCUUUUGAUAUGGGGAGGGGGGAUUUUCCCCUCCUAUAAGGAGAUCGCGGACUACAUGACCGUGAACCAUCGGCCCUUUGUAUCGAAAGGAAAACCCCCCCUCCCCAUAUUGAAAAGGUAUGUCUCAGAAAAUUUGUAAUGCUGAUGCGCGACUACAAAUCGGCUCUGUCUUGUAAGAACUCAACUCCACAGGCUCCGCCGCAUUCUGCAGGCGGUUUGUCAUGCUGUUGGCCCUACAAACUAGACGUCUGCCAUGCUCAGCGCCUAGCCCAAAACGUCUCUACUCAGUCCCAGUAGAGGCCUGCAGCCCUCUCCAGCAAGAUCAAUCCGAUUUGUGCACGCACAUCCAGCAUUAGAAACUUCGUUUUGAUCAUAUGGGGCGGGGGGAUUUUUCCUUGUGAUUCUUUGUGGUGAUUCCCAAUUACUGGACAACGGAGCAAGUCGACAAGGCACUGGAAGUAUCAAAUGUAAAAAUGUCUGGGUCUGGAAGAAUGCAACUUGUCAUGCUAAAUCUGAAUCAGGCAAAAAGCUGUGUUGCAUGAUUGCCAAAGGUUGUGCACUUUUGACCUAAUCGAGAGGCAGUUUCUCAUGCAGGAUAAGCAUUGGAAAGGCUUCGCAGAAUCUGUCAUGCUAUGUCCUACAUACCAGACCUCAUGGGUUAUGGAAAACCUGCAUGACAAACCUGGCAAUCUUCCAGACCCAGACAUUUUUGCAAUCCAUAGGAAGAGGUGGAUAAAUUUCAGCAAGAAGGAUGUCACAACCACCGCGGAAACGGGUUUGACUCCCGGUCGUUUGCGUAUCAAACGGAAAAAUCCCCCCUCCCCAUAUCGAAAAGGAAGUUUGUAAUGCUGGAUUUGCGUACACAAAUCAGAUUCGUCUUGCAGUAGAGGACUGCAGUUGUGUGCCAACUUUGGGAAGCAAGGUUUUGACAUUGGCGUCUAGCAUUACAAAUGUCCACACUGUAGGCCCAGCAGCAUCACGAACCGCCUGCAUAGUGCGGCGCAGCCUGUGGACUUGCCUUCUUGCAAGACAGAGACGAUUGCAAAUUUUCUGUGGCUUCCAUUUCGAUAUGGGGAGGGGGGUCUUUCCUUACGAUAUUGCGGCGGAGAAGUUCUCGCGGCAGGCCAAGAGAUUCAAGGAGGACCGUAUUGAAGGGAAGAACUCCCCCUUCCCAUAUUGAAGAGGUAUGUUUCCGAAAAUUUGUGUUGCUGAUUUGAGGUUACAAAUCACCUCUGUCUUGCAAGAAGACAAGGGCAGAAGCUUCCGCCCCAUUAUGGAAGCGAUUUGUCAUGCUGUUGGGCCUAAAGGGGAGCCGUUUGCCAUGCUGAGCAACUAGACCCAUACGCCCCUACCUAGGCUGGGCAUCUGGCCGCAAUGCCUUCCUGCAAUGCAAAUUUGUGUACACAAAUCCAGCAUCAGAAAUUUCGUUUUGAUAUGGGGAGGGGGGGCCUUUCCUUUCGAUAGACCGGUUCCCGUGGCUGGUCGCGAAGCACUUGUAUCAGCGGGACAAGGUACAGCUUCACCGAGGGAAACUGACCACCUUGGUGGGCGUAGUAAAGUGGAACGGGAAGCCCGCAAACUCCGGGGGUCCCUGGCACAAGGAUGACUUCUAUCUCGGCGCCAAGGCCAUCCUGUACCUAAACUAUCGUAAGAAAAAACUGCUUCACUGUAAGGAUUUUGCAAGUUUUGCAUUACAAGUUCGUUACACAUUACAAAGAAAGCUUGCCAUGCGAGUAUCCUACGGGAAAACACUCUAAAAAUCACUUGUCUUGCAUGUGUAGCAAGAGAAACACUUCUCUUCAGUAAUGCCUUUUCUGCAUCACAAGUUCACAGUGAAACAGUUUUUUCUUGCGAUAUAAACGACGUGUUGGACAAUGGUCCUUUCAGCAUGGUAUCAAAUGUAAAAAUGUCUGGGUCUGGAAGAAUGCAACUUGUCAUGCUAAAUCUGAAGCAUGCAAAAAUCUGUGUUGCAUGAUUACCAAAAGUCGUUCAGUUUUGGCCAAGUCGGGAGAGAGUUUCUCAUGCAGGAUAGGCAUGAGAGAGAGUGCACAGAAUCUGUCAUUUUAGGUCCUGCAUUACAGACCUCAUGGGUCAUGGAAAAGCUGCAUGACAAAUCGCGCAUUCUUCCAGACCCAGACAUUUUUGCAUUUGAUACAUGGCUAUCGAUUGCAAAUAUACUAUAUAUCGAUCUGGGUCUAGUAGAGGAAUGCGCUUGUAGUUUCGAUCAUGCAUCUGCUUUCAGAUCAUGACACAAAUAAUGUCUGAUGCACGGAAAUAAAGCAUAUUCAGGUUCUUUUGCGGACGCCUCUUGAUCCCUUGUCGCCCCCGUGAGACAUAACUGCCGACUUUCGUCGCAAAAAGUGGGCAGCUUUCUUUGGCGUGUCCGAAACACAAUAAUUUUUGUGUGCUCCAGCAGAGUUGGCAUCUCACAAUGUAUAGGUAAUGCAACCCUUCCAGACAUCCAGUGAUAAAAAUUGUUAUGUUUGCAAUGCAUAAUGGCAAUUGACUACCCAGACGCCUCCCUCCGCCCGGAUCUGCCGGCGCAGACGAAGCUUAACUUCGAGGACGUCCCAGGUGGUGGCUCCGAGUGGCCCGAUAGUCCAGAAAAGCGGACACAGUUUCACCACCGCACCAUGAGCACGAAGCUGGCAGAGGGAACGAUCCGAGCCAUCGUGCGACUGGCCGCGCCGCCCGGCUCCAUGAUUCUGUUCACGAGCCACAACAUUCAUUAUGGCGAACCGCUUCGCAACGGCACCCGUGUCACCAUGUAUUUAAAUGAAAAAUACCCCCUCCCCAUACCGAAAACGAAAUUUGUGAUGCUGUAUUUGAGUAGUACACAAAUCGACUUGUAACGCUAGAAGGCCAAGAGACGCAGCUGUGGCCUCGUUUGCAGGCUAUUUUUCAUGCUGUUUCGCGCUUCGAGUUGCUUCCUGUCAUACUGAAGCCGCAGGACUUUGUUCCCACGCCAACCAGCACUAGAGUCCGCAUCUUUUCCCUUCGAGCAUGACAGAGCUGAUUUGUGACCACAAAUCUGCAUCACAAAUUUCUAGUUUGAGUAUGGGGUGGGGGGAUUUUUCAUUUUGAUACCAUGACGAACUACUACAAUGGAAACCCGUCACAGGAAAUCGAGCGGACCUGUAAGCUUCCCCGAGUGGAUAUCAUUUGUAACAACGUCCCAACCACAGACUCGUCAUGCAGAUUUGCAAUGAAAAGAACAUUAUGUAAUUCGCAUCUACUCUAUGAGAGGCAUUUCUAAUCGUGUUGUGGCAUUUGUAACGCUGUAUUAACCAGGGUAAGCAGAUGGAUUUGCGAUGCGUUUCACCCUGCUGAGCUGCACUACACUACGGACUGCAAGUUGUGAUGCCGAAAUCCCAAAACUAUUAAGCUUGCUUUGCAAAGUCUCCAUCUUGACUCUGGGGCGGUGACGUUUUUACUCAGGAUAGUGGAUCUGUGACCGCAGUACUUGUAGUUAUCCUGUGUAAAAAACUUUAAAGCGUUCCUAUAAUCCCAAUACAUUUGUCCGGCAAAUUUGCAAACCGAAAAAGUUUCUCAUGCGCAGCCCCAUGAGGAGCGUUUUUUCAUGCUAUCUGAGAGCAUAUCAUGUCGCAAGAACCAGGAUUAUAAGAUCGAAGUGUGAUGCUGCUGCAAUAGCUGAACACAAUUACACUUCGAGCCCAAGACACCUGUCAUGCGCAGCGAGGACAAGGAGUUGAUUUGUGUAGCAAAAUUUGCCAGCUUGAAUUUGGGCUGGGAACGUUUAUUUUGCAGUGGAUUAGACUCCGAGCAAGGGAAACAACUUUUGCUGCUCAAGGGGCUCCUGUGAAAAUGUUAGAAGCCUAGACGCACGAUAGUAACAACAGAGGUAAACGAGAUGGGAACAAGCACUAGCAGUACUAAGUGACUACGAGUCACUGUGUGUUUACUAUCUGUUAUCGACGCACUAGUAUGGGUACUAGUCGCAACCUGCAGGGGUGUGAUGAGAUAUCAAGAGGAUGGACAAUAUGCAUGACAAACAGGAUGGCUACGGCUAUCGGAGGAGGAUCAUGGAUUUCAGAUCGAGGGCACUACAAGCCCGAGGGAUUUGACAUCAGACCAGAUUUGCAUCGCGAUUUACAUCGUAGUAUGCUUCUGAUCGUCACUAGGUCAUUUAUGAUUCCGAUCUAUCCAACAUUCCCCCUUCCGAAGCUAUAGUAACCACUGUUCACCUGUAGCAUAUACCUCAUUCCUCCUUCCUUUUUGGCACAAACGACUAGGCAAAGUCGUAGGGCUUUCCUUCGAUCUGGAUGGUCAAUCCAGAUGCUUUACUUAGCUUCGCAGUCAACAUCAUAACAGUGGCGGGCUCUAGUACAAUGGGCCGAAGGUCAGUCGACACAUGAAACGCGCGCACUGUGUGAAGUUCUGCUUUUGGGUCCGUCUUGAACAAAGACAAAUAUUUUUCACCAGGCAGGCCCUUGGUCAGGGGGUCGGCCUUGUUUACUUUUGUCGGCACAAAACACAAAUCCUGACAAUGAUCACGGACAAUGUGAUAACGCAAGUCAAUAUGUUUGGAACGCUUAGUGAUGAUACUACUCUUGCUGAGACUUAACGCACUUUGAUUGUCUGUGAAAAUGAGCGGAAGCGUUUCCCCUUCAGUUUCCAUAAACCAAUCUGACCAGCCCUGGCUCAAGCACAUUUUGAUCGUGUCAUGAAUCGCAACAUACUCAGCCUCACACGUGCUGGAAGCACGGACUGUCUGUCGUUUUGACGACCAAGCGACUGGACAACCACGAUAAUACAGGAUACUACCGCUGGUGGACUUCAGUGUAACUGUACACCCUGCAAAGUCGCUAUCGCUGAAAGCACACAAAUCAGGACAAUCCCGACUGGCCUCCUUUGUCACUUUGGUGUAAACCGUGCGAAAAUCUUCUUCAGCUUUUGGCGAGUAUUCUAAACCGAUAUCCCGAGUUGCUUUCAAGUAGGCCAAAAUCCGUUUUGCUGCUUUCACCGCUUGGGGUGUCGGAUUUGCUACUUCUCUUGCAACACGCUGCACCGCGUAGACAAUGUCUACCCUGCACAUACAAGCGAUAUAUUGCAGGCUACCCACGAGGCUACGCAAUGGGAAUUUUGUUUCCGGUGCAGAAGUAUCAACUUCAGUAGUCUGAAUUUCUGGCAACUGUCUUCCAGGAAGUACAGGCGUAGCAACUCCCCGACAAUCAACCAUAUUGAAUUUCUUCAAAACUCUGUCAAUAGCCUCUGCCAUGUGGAUCCUCAUGGUCUUUUUCGAUGCGUUGUAUUCCAGAGUGGCCCCCAGGAGGUCGAAAACUUCGCAACCCUUUUCAACUGGUUUCGCUUUCGGCGGGAUCACUUUUCCAGGAAAUUUGUCCAAAAUUUUCCCCAUCUCUUUGACGAGAAUUUCUUCCGUGUCACCACUCAUGACACAGUCAUCCACGUACACGCUCAACGUAAGAACGCCUUUACGGAACAACCCCGGCUCCCGUUCACACAUCUUCCAACCUAGUUCCUCCAAAGUCUUCCUGUAGGUAUCGAACCAACGACGCGGGCUAAUUCGAAGACCAUAAAGAGACUUCAGUAGGCGCACGACAUCACCUCUCGGAACAGUGCUCCAGUGCUUCGGAAGACGCACGAAAACUCGCUCGUCACCUAAACUCGCACAAAUGAACGCAUUUGAAAUGUCGAAAAAUUUGAUCCGUUUACCAUUUGCAGCAGCGUCAACAAGUAGGGCUCUACUAGCUGCGUGCGAAAUGGUAGGACUGUAAAUUUCGCCACAGAGUUCUUUCGACUGUAAGUUUCCAAGUGCCACCAGCCGCGCUUUGUAUGUUCCACAUCUAUUCUUCGUGUAGAUCACGCACGACGGCACAACUUCGUCGCCUUUUUGUGGUUUCUCGUCUACUGUCCAGCACUCUUUUGCUAAAAGUCUGAGUCGUUCAACAUCGUCGGCCUCUAUGUACUUCGGAGCAUCAGGAUCUCGAAGAAUCUGCGCUCUGGUGAGUGACACCACAUGAGCAAAAACUUCUUCACCUUCUUCCUCAAUGCGCUUGGCAUGGUACUCGUCCAAGUCUCGACCAAAGUCAAAAUCAUCAGGCAACUGAAAUACGUUUCCAGCUUCUGCUGCUUUUGGCUUAGGACCUGGCUUUUUGCUUCCCGGUUUGUUCUUUGAACCUUUCGGGCGACCCUUUUUGUUGUUGACAACGACUGCAGGCUUCGGCUUUUGCUUUCUUUUCUUCUUGACGACCUUGGGCUUUGGGCGGGCGGGAGGUUCGUCAAGUUCUUCCGCUUCGGGAAUAACUACCUCUUCCUCUGCUUGCGCAGCACUUUCCUCUUUGCCCCCUUCCACUGCUUUGCCCCCUUCCUCGACCUGUUGGUCUCCAGUAGCCCCAUUGGGCCCCGAAUCACCCUGGUCACGCGGAGCAUCCUGAUCGGGCUCAUGACUUCCCGAGGGAGCCACCAACGGAUCAGGCAUGUUCGACACACGCAAUUUGUCGGGUGCGGCAAAGGGUACAAAGGUGCCACGGUUCUUUUCGCGAAGAUCGUCAAUGUCGGCGAUCGUACAAGAUUCGUCAAACUUGCAGGAUCUAUUUUCGAUCACAGUGAACCUUAAUCCAACUUUCGUUCGUUUGUCGUCACGCCAAACACCCACUAAAUAGCAAGAGUUUUUCGAAUACCCCAAGAAUACACCACGUUCAUACCGAACAUCGAGCGCACCUAAGUCCGUCGAUUUCGUAACGUGCUUCCGAGCAUAGCAAAGGACUCCGAAUUUCUUGAAAUACUUGAGCGAAGGCGCGCGAUCGUGAACUUUUUCAAAUGGACUCUUUUGCUCUUUCCGGGCUAACCGAUUCCAAGUCCAGGGUAUAUACUUUGAACAAUAUGGCCAAAGACGAGGAUCAACCCCGAUCAUAUUCGCCCGCAGGGCAUUUUUCGAAGUUUGGUUCCACCGUUCCACGACUCCAUUACGUUGCGGCGUAAACGGCGCAGACGUAGUUGGCUCGAUCGGAGGACUCUGCUUCAAGCAAUACUUUCUCCAGUCACUUUUCUCGCCUCGAAAAGUAGGAUCGUUAUCGCUUCUCACCCGUUUGGGCUUUCCAACUUCUAAACACCACUCACGCAGACCUUUCCACGCUUCAUCCUUUUCCCGGUGAGGAUAAUUCUCUACCCAGCCAUGGAAUGUCUCCACCCCUGACAAAAGAAAUUUCUCCCCAUCAAGACCCAAAGGAUAACCGUAGGUAUGAUCCCAAUCCACUUGAUCUAGCCAAGCCUUUGGCUUACAGUGCUCCGGACGUUCUGACUUACACCCUUCUUGCCUCGACUUCGCUAAGUCACACAACGGACAACGUCCAUACUCAAGACCAUCAAUAUGAAAGUGCCCAAACCUUUCAUGUUGUCGAAGUCGCUCGGCGCGAGUCAGAUUCACAAAUGCUGGCUCGGACCACGCGGCCCGGCUCUUUCCGUUUUGCAAAUCUCCAGCCGUAUCCAGCUCACUCAAGCUGUGGAACGCAAAAUCUAUUUGCGGCAAAUUUGUUAAAGUGUCCCGGCGCAUCGGAAUUUUGAAACCUGUUUUCUUCUUCUGGAGGUAGAGCGCGUCUCUCCCCUCAAAAACUACCCGGCAGUCAUUUUCGUCGUUCAAAAGACUUACCGACACCAAAAACAACUUUACGACAGGAUGGUAUAGGCCACCCAUUAAACCUAAAGAGUUAUGGUGGAAGUAACCACGGUAGGCGGGAGUGUCUAACGUUCGGUCGGCAACCGUUAACGUUACUGGAUCAUCCCAAAACACGAUCUGAAAACAGCUCAAGUCCCCUGUCAUGUGGUGCGAAGCACCACUAUCAACAACUGCCGUUGUUUGAGUACCAUCCGGGCGGAUAGUAAUCCCGUGGGCGCUUUUCCCGUUUCCCUUCGACAAAAGUGCAAAUGUCAAAGAUGAAACAGCGCCGGCGGACUUUUCGCCGUUUUGAUCUGUUUGACCCUUUUCCCGCUCUUUUGACCAAUCACCAAACCAGUCUUGUGCCUCCUGGUUUUCGUUUUUCUUGUCCCUGCCCUGGUGGUGACCAUGCACCAAGACAGUGAAGCCCUUAGGAGUAUCGGCAAAAUCAAAAAUUUGCUGAUCUUUCACCCCGUUGCAUGAUUCCCCUACAAACUUGCACAAGUUAAAAUAAGUCCAAUCCACGCAGUUUCCUUCUGCUUUACGGGCGGAAUCUGCCACCUCGUAAUUUUUGUUCUUUGCCAUCUCAUGCGGGUUCGCUUUUCUUUUUAAAUUGCUAGGAUCAUACAAGCGCGAAACCCCAUGCAGAAUAGGCAUUUUUUGUAAUGGAUUUUCUUUCAUUUUAGGUACUUUCACAUUCUUAACACGAGCGGAAUCAAGUAGAGAUUUUUCAGCUUCAAUCUUACAUGUAGUACCUUUUAAUUUUGAAUCACGAGCGAACGGCAAAUCUUCAAUCUUACAAAUAGAUGCUUUUUCAUCGGAAAUAGAGGCAGUAUCAAGUACACACUGAUUGGAUAUAGGUGCUGUAUCAAAUACAUUUGUUUUGCUUUCAAGUACUUCGACAUUGUACACAGAGGGAGAUUGUAGUUUUUGAUUGCAUGUAACAUUACUACUUUGACCAGAAGUAGAGCCUGUUUCACAAACAUGAACAUUAGCAACAUCGGUUUUUCGACGUUUAGCAGCAUGAGAAAUUUGACAAUUCUCAUCGGAACCCGGCCAGCUUCGUCAGUUGGGACAAUCCUUACGAACAUGUCCAAGCUGCUUGCACUUGUGACAUUUGAUCUUGGAUUUGUCUCCACCGCCGCCUUUUCCCUUCUGCUGGUCUCCCUUGCCUCCUUUUCCGCCGCCCUUGUUGUUCUUCUGGUUGUUGUUCUUGUACGGGUGCUGGUUCUUGUUGACCCAGCGUCCACCCUUCUUCCCCUUCUGCGCAACAACUUCAGCAGCGAUCGCUUUGUGAUCGGCCUGCGUCAAGUUGAGAGAAGCGGGCUUUGCGGUGUCCUCUUCGGUGCCCCCGUCUUUCAAGACGGAUUCGAACUCCUCCGCCAACUUCAACAAAUUAUCAUUGUCCGGCUUGUCCUGAAUGACGUGCGGCAUGAUAAAAGAAUCGAAGGCGUUCCCGAGGUUGUAGAAGCAUCCGAAAGUCAUCAACUCGCUGCGGAAGACUUCACCGCCCAGAUCAUCUCGAAAGAUGUUUUGUUUCCGCUGAACGAACUCCCUUACCGUUUGGUCUUUGUCCUUCCGGGUGGUUAGUAAAUCCUUAAGCGACCGCAUUCGGGCGAAUUUGGUCCGCUUAUCGAAUUCCAACAACAACGCACCCCAAGCCGUACUAAUGCAAACGACUGUCUUUUUCUUCACGACCUCCAGCGCGUCCCCAGUCAACGCCACGCACAAGCGAGCGAAGAACUGCGCACCGAUGGCCCUCGUGUCAUCCUUCCAUCCGUCAAUAGAAGGCGUUUUCAAGAAGUUUUCGAUCAAAGUCAAGAUACCCAACAUCUGCAACAAGGCUUGCACCUUAAACCGCCAGUCCGACCAUCCCUUCGGAUUCCCGUCGUAGGGCGGAAUAGAGUACUUUUCCACCUGGUUAGUGUCGACCAUUGUGUUCAAAAGAAAACAAUAAUCGCGCUUAAAUACAAAUUCCCAAUUUGUAUCCCAAUCGAGAUUGUGGAAAUAGUUUGCAAAUUGUGGGUCGCUAAGGUCUUCAACGUUCCAACCUUUGGAGCCGUAACACUUCGCGCCUAAAAUGCACAAAUCUCUAUGUUUUCCAAGUUCUCUAGCUACGCAACUAGCACCAAAAUGUCUGCAUGACAUUUAAUUUCUUUUCUAAAUUUUGCAGAUAGACUUCUUGAAGUUGUGGGGGUGCGUUUUCAACAAAUACGUUCAAAUUUGUAAUGCUAAUUCUGCAAUUUUACAAGUAAAUCUUACAAGAUGUAGUGGCUGUUUUUCAAAUUUUCUACACAAGAAAAAUCAGUAAAAAUUGUAGUUGCAAGUUUUCUAAACAUCAAGAAAACUACUAAAAUUUUGGCUGAAUAAAGGUGCGACUAGAUUGUUAGAAGCCUAGACGCACGAUAGUAACAACAGAGGUAAACGAGAUGGGAACAAGCACUAGCAGUACUAAGUGACUACGAGUCACUGUGUGUUUACUAUCUGUUAUCGACGCACUAGUAUGGGUACUAGUCGCAACCUGCAGGGGUGUGAUGAGAUAUCAAGAGGAUGGACAAUAUGCAUGACAAACAGGAUGGCUACGGCUAUCGGAGGAGGAUCAUGGAUUUCAGAUCGAGGGCACUACAAGCCCGAGGGAUUUGACAUCAGACCAGAUUUGCAUCGCGAUUUACAUCGUAGUAUGCUUCUGAUCGUCACUAGGUCAUUUAUGAUUCCGAUCUAUCCAACAUUCCCCCUUCCGAAGCUAUAGUAACCACUGUUCACCUGUAGCAUAUACCUCAUUCCUCCUUCCUUUUUGGCACAAACGACUAGGCAAAGUCGUAGGGCUUUCCUUCGAUCUGGAUGGUCAAUCCAGAUGCUUUACUUAGCUUCGCAGUCAACAUCAUAACAGUGGCGGGCUCUAGUACAAUGGGCCGAAGGUCAGUCGACACAUGAAACGCGCGCACUGUGUGAAGUUCUGCUUUUGGGUCCGUCUUGAACAAAGACAAAUAUUUUUCACCAGGCAGGCCCUUGGUCAGGGGGUCGGCCUUGUUUACUUUUGUCGGCACAAAACACAAAUCCUGACAAUGAUCACGGACAAUGUGAUAACGCAAGUCAAUAUGUUUGGAACGCUUAGUGAUGAUACUACUCUUGCUGAGACUUAACGCACUUUGAUUGUCUGUGAAAAUGAGCGGAAGCGUUUCCCCUUCAGUUUCCAUAAACCAAUCUGACCAGCCCUGGCUCAAGCACAUUUUGAUCGUGUCAUGAAUCGCAACAUACUCAGCCUCACACGUGCUGGAAGCACGGACUGUCUGUCGUUUUGACGACCAAGCGACUGGACAACCACGAUAAUACAGGAUACUACCGCUGGUGGACUUCAGUGUAACUGUACACCCUGCAAAGUCGCUAUCGCUGAAAGCACACAAAUCAGGACAAUCCCGACUGGCCUCCUUUGUCACUUUGGUGUAAACCGUGCGAAAAUCUUCUUCAGCUUUUGGCGAGUAUUCUGAACCGAUCUCCCGAGUUGCUUUCAAGUAGGCCAAAAUCCGUUUUGCUGCUUUCACCGCUUGGGGUGUCGGAUUUGCUACUUCUCUUGCAACACGCUGCACCGCGUAGACAAUGUCUACCCUGCACAUACAAGCGAUAUAUUGCAGGCUACCCACGAGGCUACGCAAUGGGAAUUUUGUUUCCGGUGCAGAAGUAUCAACUUCAGUAGUCUGAAUUUCUGGCAACUGUCUUCCAGGAAGUACAGGCGUAGCAACUCCCCGACAAUCAACCAUAUUGAAUUUCUUCAAAACUCUGUCAAUAGCCUCUGCCAUGUGGAUCCUCAUGGUCUUUUUCGAUGCGUUGUAUUCCAGAGUGGCCCCCAGGAGGUCGUAAACUUCGCAACCCUUUUCACCUGGUUUCGCUUUCGGCGGGAUCACUUUUCCAGGAAAUUUGUCCAAAAUUUUCCCCAUCUCUUUGUCGAGAAUUUCUUCCGUGUCACCACUCAUGACACAGUCAUCCACGUACACGCUCAACGUAAGAACGCCUUUACGGAACAACCCCGGCUCCCGUUCACACAUCUUCCAACCUAGUUCCUCCAAAGUCUUCCUGUAGGUAUCGAACCAACGACGCGGGCUAAUUCGAAGACCAUAAAGAGACUUCAGUAGGCGCACGACAUCACCUCUCGGAUCAGUGCUCCAGUGCUUCGGAAGACGCACGAAAACUCGCUCGUCACCUAAACUCGCACAAAUGAACGCAUUUGAAAUGUCGAAAAAUUUGAUCCGUUUCCCAUUUGCAGCAGCGUCAACAAGUAGGGCUCUACUAGCUGCGUGCGAAAUGGUAGGACUGUAAAUUUCGCCACAGAGUUCUUUCGACUGUAAGUUUCCUAGUGCCACCAGCCGCGCUUUGUAUGUUCCACAUCUCUUCUUCGUGUAGAUCACGCACGACGGCACAACUUCGUCGCCUUUUUGUGGUUUCUCGUCUACUGUCCAGCACUCUUUUGCUAAAAGUCUGAGUCGUUCAACAUCGUCGGCCUCUAUGUACUUCGGAGCAUCAGGAUCUCGAAGAAUCUGCGCUCUGGUGAGUGACACCACAUGAGCAAAAACUUCUUCACCUUCUUCCUCAAUGCGCUUGGCAUGGUACUCGUCCAAGUCUCGACCAAAGUCAAAAUCAUCAGGCAACUGAAAUACGUUUCCAGCUUCUGCUGCUUUUGGCUUAGGACCUGGCUUUUUGCUUCCCGGUUUGUUCUUUGAACCUUUCGGGCGACCCUUUUUGUUGUUGACCACGACUGCAGGCUUCGGCUUUUGCUUUCUUUUCUUCUUGACGACCUUGGGCUUUGGGCGGGCGGGAGGUUCGUCAAGUUCUUCCGCUUCGGGAAUAACUACCUCUUCCUCUGCUUGCGCAGCACUUUCCUCUUUGCCCCCUUCCACUGCUUUGCCCCCUUCCUCGACCUGUUGGUCUCCAGUAGCCCCAUUGGGCCCCGAAUCACCCUGGUCACGCGGAGCAUCCUGAUCGGGCUCAUGACUUCCCGAGGGAGCCACCAACGGAUCAGGCAUGUUCGACACACGCAAUUUGUCGGGUGCGGCAAAGGGUACAAAGGUGCCACGGUUCUUUUCGCGAAGAUCGUCAAUGUCGGCGAUCGUACAAGAUUCGUCAAACUUGCAGGAUCUAUUUUCGAUCACAGUGAACCUUAAUCCAACUUUCGUUCGUUUGUCGUCACGCCAAACACCCACUAAAUAGCAAGAGUUUUUCGAAUACCCCAAGAAUGCCCCACGUUCAUACCGAACAUCGAGCGCACCUAAGUCCGUCGAUUUCGUAACGUGCUUCCGAGCAUAGCAAAGGACUCCGAAUUUCUUGAAAUACUUGAGCGAAGGCGCGCGAUCGUGAACUUUUUCAAAUGGACUCUUUUGCUCUUUCCGGGCUAACCGAUUCCAAGUCCAGGCUAUAUACUUUGAACAAUAUGGCCAAAGACGAGGAUCAACCCCGAUCAUAUUCGCCCGCAGGGCAUUUUUCGAAGUUUGGUUCCACCGUUCCACGACUCCAUUACGUUGCGGCGUAAACGGCGCAGACGUAGUUGGCUCGAUCGGAGGACUCUGCUUCAAGCAAUACUUUCUCCAGUCACUUUUCUCGCCUCGAAAAGUAGGAUCGUUAUCGCUUCUCACCCGUUUGGGCUUUCCAACUUCUAAACACCACUCACGCAGACCUUUCCACGCUUCAUCCUUUUCCCGGUGAGGAUAAUUCUCUACCCAGCCAUGGAAUGUCUCCACCCCUGACAAAAGAAAUUUCUCCCCAUCAAGACCCAAAGGAUAACCGUAGGUAUGAUCCCAAUCCACUUGAUCUAGCCAAGCCUUUGGCUUACAGUGCUCCGGACGUUCUGACUUACACCCUUCUUGCCUCGACUUCGCUAAGUCACACAACGGACAGCGUCCAUAUUCAAGACCGUCAAUAUGAAAGUGCCCAAACCUUUCAUGUUGUCGAAGACGAUCGGCACGAGUCAGAUUCACAAAUGCUGGCUCGGACCACGCGGCCCGGCUCUUUCCGUUUUGUAAAUCGCCAGCCGUAUCCAGCUCGCUCAAGCUGUGAAACGCAAAGUCUAUUUGCGGCAAAUUUGUUAAAGUGUCCCGGCGCAUCGGAAUUUUGAAACCUGUUUUCUUCUUUUGGAGGUAGAGCGCGUCUCUCCCCUCAAAAACUACCCGGCAGUCAUUUUCGUCGUUCAAAAGACUUACCGACACCAAAAACAACUUUGCGUCAGGAUGGUAUAGACCACCCAUUAAACCUAAAGAGUUAUGGUGGAAGUAACCACGGUAGGCGGGAGUGUCUAACGUUCGGUCGGCAACCGUUAACGUUACUGGAUCAUCCCAAAACACAAUCUGAAAACAACUCAAGUCCCCUGUCAUGUGGUGCGAGGCACCACUAUCAACAACUGCCGUUGUUUGAGUACCAUCCGGGCGGAUGGUAAUCCCAUGGGCGCUUUUCCCGUUUCCCUUCGACAAAAGUGCAAAUGUCAAAGACGAAACAGCGCCGGCGGACUUUUCGCCGUUUUGAUCUGUUUGACCCUUUUCCCGCUCUUUUGACCAAUCACCAAACCAGUCUUGUGCCUCCUGGUUUUCGUUUUUCUUGUCCCUGCCCUGGUGGUGACCAUGCACCAAGACAGUGAAGCCCUUAGGAGUAUCGGCAAAAUCAAAAAUUUGCUGAUCUUUCACCCCGUUGCAUGAUUCCCCUACAAACUUGCACAAGUUAAAAUAAGUCCAAUCCAUGCAGUUUCCUUCUGCUUUACGGGCGGAAUCUGCCACCUCGUAAUUUUUGUUCUUUGCCAUCUCAUGCGGGUUCGCUUUUCUUUUUAAAUUGCUAGGAUCAUACAAGCGCGAAACCCCAUGCAGAAUAGGCAUUUUUUGUAAUGGAUUUUCUUUCAUUUUAGGUACUUUCACAUUCUUAACACGAGCGGAAUCAAGUAGAGAUUUUUCAGCUUCAAUCUUACAUGUAGUACCUUUUAAUUUUGAAUCACGAGCGAACGGCAAAUCUUCAAUCUUACAAAUAGAUGCUUUUUCAUCGGAAAUAGAGGCAGUCUCAAGUACACACUGAUUGGAUAUAGGUGCUGUCUCAAAUACAUUUGUUUUGCUUUCAAGUACUUCGACAUUGUACACAGAGGGAGAUUGUAGUUUUUGAUUGCAUGUAACAUUACUACUUUGACCAGAAGUAGAGCCUGUUUCACAAACAUGAACAUUAGCAACAUCGGUUUUUCGACGUUUAGCAGCAUGAGAAAUUUGACAAUUCUCAUCGGAACCCGGCCAGCUUCGUCAGUUGGGACAAUCCUUACGAACAUGUCCAAGCUGCUUGCACUUGUGACAUUUGAUCUUGGAUUUGUCUCCACCGCCGCCUUUUCCCUUCUGCUGGUCUCCCUUGCCUCCUUUUCCGCCGCCCUUGUUGUUCUUCUGGUUGUUGUUCUUGUACGGGUGCUGGUUCUUGUUGACCCAGCGUCCACCCUUCUUCCCCUUCUGCGCAACAACUUCAGCAGCGAUCGCUUUGUGAUCGGCCUGCGUCAAGUUGAGAGAAGCGGGCUUUGCGGUGUCCUCUUCGGUGCCCCCGUCUUUCAAGACGGAUUCGCACUCCUCCGCCAACUUCAACAAAUUAUCAUUGUCCGGCUUGUCCUGAAUGACGUGCGGCAUGAUAAAAGAAUCGAAGGCGUUCCCGAGGUUGUAGAAGCAUCCGAAAGUCAUCAACUCGCUGCGGAAGACUUCACCGCCCAGGUCAUCUCGAAAGAUGUUUUGUUUCCGCUGAACGAACUCCCUUACCGUUUGGUCUUUGUCCUUCCGGGUGGUUAGUAAAUCCUUAAGCGACCGCAUUCGGGCGAAUUUGGUCCGCUUAUCGAAUUCCAACAACAACGCACCCCAAGCCGUACUAAUGCAAACGACUGUCUUUUUCUUCACGACCUCCAGCGCGUCCCCAGUCAACGCCACGCACAAGCGAGCGAAGAACUGCGCACCGAUGGCCCUCGUGUCAUCCUUCCAUCCGUCAAUAGAAGGCGUUUUCAAGAAGUUUUCGAUCAAAGUCAAGAUACCCAACAUCUGCAACAAGGCUUGCACCUUAAACCGCCAGUCCGACCAUCCCUUCGGAUUCCCGUCGUAGGGCGGAAUAGAGUACUUUUCCACCUGGUUAGUGUCGACCAUUGUGUUCAAAAGAAAACAAUAAUCGCGCUUAAAUACAAAUUCCCAAUUUGUAUCCCAAUCGAGAUUGUGGAAAUAGUUUGCAAAUUGUGGGUCGCUAAGGUCUUCAACGUUCCAACCUUUGGAGCCGUAACACUUCGCGCCUAAAAUGCACAAAUCUCUAUGCUUUCCAAGUUCUCUAGCUACGCAACUAGCACCAAAAUGUCUGCAUGACAUUUAAUUUCUUUUCUAAAUUUUGCAGAUAGACUUCUUGAAGUUGUGGGGGUGCGUUUUCAACAAAUGCGUUCAAAUUUGUAAUGCUAAUUCUGCAAUUUUACAAGUAAAUCUUACAAGAUGUAGUGGCUGUUUUUCAAAUUUUCUACACAAGAAAAUCAGUAAAAAUUGUAGUUGCAAGUUUUCUAAACAUCAAGAAAACUACUAAAAUUUUGGCUGAAUAAAGGUGCGACUAGAUUGUUAGAAGCCUAGACGCACGAUAGCAACAACAGAGGUAAACGAGAUGGGAACAAGCGCUAGCAGUACUAAGUGACUACGAGUCACUGUGUGUUUACUAUCUGUUAUCGACGCACUAGUAUGGGUACUAGUCGCAACCUGCAGGGGUGUGAUGAGAUAUCAAGAGGAUGGACAAUAUGCAUGACAAACAGGAUGGCUACGGCUAUCGGAGGAGGAUCAUGGAUUUCAGAUCGAGGGCACUACAAGCCCGAGGGAUUUGACAUCAGACCAGAUUUGCAUCGCGAUUUACAUCGUAGUAUGCUUCUGAUCGUCACUAGGUCAUUUAUGAUUCCGAUCUAUCCAACAGAAAAAGAGCAGGACCUCCAAAAUGAGCGGCCGCUGCUGCAGAGUUCCCUGCUCAGAGGAAAUAAAUAAAUCCCUUCUUCGAAGGAAAAAACUAUGCGUUGCUAGAUUGAUAUAAAAACAAAGCUGGAAAAAA